GUCACAAUGCCUCGGGCACAAAAGGCACAAAAGCCAAAGCAUGAUCCUCUCCUCGCGCAGAUUUAUGAUGACGAGACAUACGCAAAAUACGGCCGCGUUUCAAGACCGGGGAAGCGCAAAAAGUCACGUACGACAGUGGAUGAUGGUGACGAGCCAUCCGAGGCCGUUCUAGACUCCAAAAGCUCUCAACGCGUCUUUGAGCUUGCAAGGGAUCAACAGGCGGAGCUUGAUAUGCCCGAGGACGAGGAAGAUCUACCCAGCAACGCCGGUUUCCAGUUGCGUGAGGAUAUCUUAGAGGAAAACGAAGAUGACAUAUCGGAGGAUGAGCCUCAGAACGCAGAUGAGGAUGCAGAGGAAAUGUUUGACAUAGACGCUGGGGACAUGGAAACCCUAGAUAAAUUGCUACCCUCAAGCUCAGGGGAAAGGAAAACUCUUGCGGAUGUGAUCUUUUCAAAAUUGGAGGAAGCCUCAGUGGGUGGUGGUGGUGUCACUUCCAUUCAAAAGGUGCAACAAGACUCUAAGUAUCCAGAUCCUGCCAUGGGUCUCGACCCACGCGUUGUCGAAGCUUACUCAAAAGUUGCAACGAUCUUACGAGUUCACAAGUCAGGACCGCUUCCCAAGGCCUUCAAAAUUAUCCCUACACUUCCGGCAUGGGCUCGUAUACUGGCGUUGACCCAACCAGAGAACUGGUCGCCACACGCCUGCAGGGCUGCAACGCGUAUUUUUAUCUCGACGAUGAAGCCUCCACAGGCUCAGCUAUUCCUACAAGUGGUCCUGCUCGAUGCUAUCAGAGAAGACAUUAAAGAGAACAAGAAGCUAAACGUUCACUACUAUGAGAGCUUAAUGCGUGCUCUCUACAAGCCUAGUGCUUUCUUCAAGGGCAUAGUCUUUCCUCUCCUGGAUUCUGGUUGCACGUUGAAGGAAGCUGCGAUAGUUGCGUCAGUAGUCGCGAAGAAAAAAGUUCCAAUGCUGCAUUCCGCGGCCGCGUUACUCAGAAUUGCAGAAAUGGAUUAUACAGGCCCAAAUUCCCUCUUUAUACGGGUGUUGGUAGACAAGAAAUACCAACUUCCCUAUAAGGUGGUUGAUGCCCUCGUUUUCCAUUUCAUUCGCCUUUCCAACACCUACAAAGCUCGCGCGCGUGGUGAUACCGAAAAACUACCCGUUCUCUGGCAUCAAAGUCUUCUCGCUUUUUGUCAGAGAUAUUCUGCAGACUUAACGCCUGACCAAAAAGACGCAUUGCUGGAUGUUGUUAGGGCCAAUCCUCAUCCGCAGAUCGGCCUAGAGGUGCGAAGGGAGCUCUUGAGCUCCGUUGCUCGGGGCGCCCCCGUGCAAGAUGCUCAGGACGUAGAGAUGUCGUGACGGAUCUUCCUGUUAUCUGUCUUUAAUACUACCAACUUGGGGUAACCGAAACAUAGUUCACAAGUUAAAUCUAGUGUGUACUCGCUGGCGAUUCCUCAAUUCUUUCAACUGUGCUGCAUAGGUUUGACAUCCAUACCAUGGGCUGUCGAUCUGUAGUGCAUACCGGCCUCAACAGUGGCUCCCCACGUGUAUACUUCUUGCGAGCCUCCGAGCGCCGAUUCUGACCUCAG